UUGAUUGUUCUGUUUAUAAUUAUACCUUUCUUUUCAAGAAAGAAAUCCUAUCAAAUCUGUUGGUUUUAGGUUUAAUGUAGUUGAAAAUGUGGCAUUUUCAAGGUAUAAUUUCAUAAAUUGUCACAUUUUUCGGUUAAUAUUACUACAUAUGAUAAGAUAUAUAAAAUGAGUGAGAAUGUUUACUUGUCAUUUACACCUUUUCUGGCCUGCCUUCCAUGUAUAAAAUAAGUAGUUAAGUGUCCAGCUCUCCUUCCAUUUCAAUGAUUAUUUCAGUGUCACUCGAUCAGGACUUGGGUGGCCGAGUGGCAACAUCAGAGUACAUAGAGAAGAAGAGACACAAUAGACCAACCCGCAGAGGAAUUAUUUUACUUCUUUUCACUUCUUCUGUUCCUGACUUCAAACAGAUAUCUAUCCAGCGCCAGCGGCUUGUCCUUCCCAUUUUUUUUUUUUAUUUUCUUUGCCACUUGAGCGCGGCACAAAUAUUUCAUUUGAUUUUUAGGGUUUUAAUUCGACUCAAGAACAGCUCCACAAAGGAAACGUGAGAAACCAAGAGAAAAGAAAAAUCUUCCUAAAAAAUUUGGUGAAGGAUACUAGUGGACAACCAGAAUGCAGGGAGCUGCAAUGAUGGGUUCUUUGCAACAGCCCAUGAGGGUUAAUGGACCAGCUUUUCCUUUAAAAGGGUCUGGUAUUAGUGGAUUUCCGCAUCUGAUUAAGCUUAACUCAGUGAAGCCCUGUAGAGCUCAACUUGAAGGGAGCUUGGUUACUGGGAGGCCUGCCUCUUCCGUCUCUGUCCCUGUUCUAGAAAGCAGCUUUGUGGACCAUGGCCUCGACGAAGCUGAUCCUGAGGUUCGUGACAUUAUUAGCAAGGAAAAGGAGAGGCAGUUCAAAAGCCUUGAGCUUAUUGCCUCAGAGAACUUUACAUCCCGUGCAGUGAUGGAGGCGGUUGGGUCAUGUCUCACAAACAAGUACUCUGAAGGACUACCUGGUAAAAGGUACUACGGUGGCAAUGAGUACGUUGAUGAACUUGAAACACUUUGCCAGGAGAGAGCUUUGGCAGCAUUUCACUUGGAUAAAAAGAAGUGGGGCGUUAAUGUUCAACCAUUGUCAGGUUCUCCUGCUAAUUUUGAGGUUUAUACAGCAAUUCUCAAUCCACAUGAUCGAAUAAUGGGGCUUGACUUACCUCAUGGGGGACAUUUGUCACAUGGAUUUAUGACUCCUAAAAGACGAGUAUCUGGCACAUCAAUCUAUUUCGAGUCAAUGCCUUAUCGACUUGAUGAAUCCACAGGAACAGGCCUUGUUGAUUAUGAUAUGCUUGAGAAAACAGCUACUCUCUUUCGACCAAAACUCAUAAUUGCUGGUGCCAGUGCAUAUCCUCGAGAUUUUGACUAUCCUCGAAUGAGGAAGAUCGCAGAUGCUGUCGGUGCAUUUCUCAUGAUGGAUAUGGCUCAUAUAAGUGGACUUGUUGCUGCUUCUGUAGUCGCUGAUCCCUUUGAAUAUUGUGAUAUUGUGACAACAACUACACACAAGUCUUUGAGAGGUCCAAGAGGUGGCAUGAUCUUCUUCAAGAAGGAUCCUGUUCUUGGAAUUGAUUUAGAAUCUGCCAUCAAUAAUGCUGUUUUUCCAGGUUUACAGGGUGGUCCUCAUAACCACACAAUUGGUGGGCUAGCAGUUUGCUUGAAACAUGCACAGUUGCCUGAGUUUAAGACUUACCAGAAUCAGGUAGUGUCUAAUUGUAGAGCUCUUGCAAGCCGAUUGGUUGAACUUGGGUAUAAACUGGUUUCUGGUGGCAGUGACAAUCACCUUGUACUUGUGGAUCUGAGACCAUUGGGUAUUGAUGGGGCUCGGGUGGAGAAAAUACUCGACAUGGCCUCUAUCACCUUGAACAAAAACUCUGUGCCUGGGGAUAAGAGUGCACUUGUGCCAGGUGGCAUUCGCAUUGGAUCACCAGCUAUGACUACUAGAGGAUUUACAGAAAAGGAAUUCACGACUAUUGCUGACUUCAUCCAUCAGGGUGUGCAAAUUGCUAUUGAUGCUAAAGGAUUGGCUUCUGGAUCUAAACUCCAAGAGUUCUUGAAGUUUGUGGCAUCUCCCGGCUUUCCUUUGAUGGAUAAGGUAUCAAAUCUCCGUAGUAGAGUUGAAGCACUUACAACCCAAUUUCCCAUUCCUGGCGUAUGAAAAAGGUGAACCCUAAAAAGAGAGCAUCAGAAACUGAUGAGAAAUUGAGAACAUCAGAAUAAGGUGAAAUCCAGCACAGCUUUCAGGGUUUGUAUUUGAAUGUAAUAAUAGAUUUAUGAAAAUUUUGAAGUGUUGUUGAGAUCUAGUGUUGAAAUAUGAAUUCAUCUGAUAUUUCAACAGUA